GACUUCAUAGAUCUGACUUUGUCAAAGACUCAGCGGAAGACUCCAACUGUCAUUCAUAAACAUUAUCAAAUCCAUCGGAUUCGACAUUUUUACAUGCGAAAAGUCAAAUACACUCAGCAAAAUUAUCAUGACAGGCUCACUCAGAUCUUAACAGAUUUCCCCAAAUUAGAUGAUAUUCAUCCUUUUUAUGCAGAUUUGAUGAAUGUUCUCUAUGACAAAGAUCACUACAAGCUGGCUUUGGGGCAGAUUAAUAUUGCCAAGAAUCUGAUUGACAAUGUUGCUAAAGACUAUGUGCGACUGAUGAAAUACGGUGAUUCCCUUUACCGCUGCAAACAGCUGAAACGUGCUGCUCUGGGACGAAUGUGCACGAUUAUCAAAAGACAGAAACAAAGCUUGGAAUAUUUGGAGCAAGUGCGACAACAUCUGUCUCGUUUGCCAACCAUUGAUCCCAAUACACGAACUCUUCUGUUGUGUGGCUACCCAAAUGUUGGAAAAUCUAGCUUUAUAAAUAAGGUUACAAGAGCAGAUGUAGAAGUGCAGCCUUAUGCCUUUACCACAAAAUCUCUCUUUGUGGGACAUAUGGAUUAUAAGUAUCUGCGCUGGCAGGUAGUAGAUACUCCUGGUAUUUUGGAUCAUCCUUUGGAGGAUAGGAACACCAUCGAGAUGCAGGCUAUAACUGCACUUGCACACCUUCGUGCUGCUGUGCUUUACGUGAUGGAUGUGUCUGAGCAGUGUGGGCAUAGCCUGGAGGAACAAGUAGAGCUCUUCAGAAAUAUUAAGCCGUUGUUUGCUAACAAGCCACUUAUAAUUGUUGCAAACAAAUGUGAUGUGAAGAGGAUUGCAGAACUUCCUGAAGAGAGUCAG